GCCGGGGCGGGGAGAGGGGGUGGGGCGGGGGCCGCGGCGCCGGGACUCCAUUAGCCCCGGCGGGAGGCUCCGCUCCUCUCAGAACAGCUACGCGGGCGCCACUGGCCUCGCCUUUUGCCGCGGGAGCCGGGCGGGAGGAGCACGGAAGGAGCCAUGGCUCUGGACGGGAUAAGGAUGCCAGAUGGCUGCUACGCGGACGGGACGUGGGAGCUGAGCGUCCAUGUCACGGACCUGAACCGUGAUGUCACCCUGAGAGUGACCGGGGAGGUGCACAUCGGAGGGGUGAUGCUGAAGUUGGUGGAGAAACUCGAUGUAAAAAAAGACUGGUCAGACCACGCCCUCUGGUGGGAGAAGAAGCGAACCUGGCUGCUCAAGACACACUGGACCCUGGAUAAGUACGGGGUCCAGGCCGACGCCAGGCUGCAGUUCACCCCCCAGCACAAACUGCUCCGCCUGCAGCUCCCCAACAUGAAGUACGUGAAGGUGAAGGUAAACUUCUCUGACCGAGUCUUCAAAGCUGUGUCUGACAUCUGCAAGACGUUCAAUAUAAGACACCCUGAAGAACUUUCUCUCUUAAAAAAACCCAGAGAUCCCACAAAGAAAAAAAAGAAAAAGCUAGAUGACCAUUCUGAAGACGAAGCGCUUGAGUUGGAAGGACCUCUUAUCACUCCUGGAUCAGGAAGCAUAUACUCAAGCCCGGGGCUUUACAGCAAGACAAUGACGCCCACGUACGAUGCUCACGAUGGGAGCCCCUUGUCACCAACCUCUGCCUGGUUUGGCGACAGUGCCCUGUCAGAAGGCAAUCCUGGGAUACUUGCUGUCAGUCAGCCAGUACCAUCACCAGAAAUACUGGCAAAAAUGUUCAAGCCUCAAGCUCUUCUUGAUAAAGCAAAAACCAACCAAGGGUGGCUUGACUCCUCCAGGUCCCUCAUGGAGCAAGACGUGAAGGAGAACGAGGCGCUGCUGCUCCGCUUCAAGUACUACAGCUUUUUUGAUUUGAAUCCAAAGUAUGACGCCAUCAGAAUCAAUCAGCUGUACGAGCAGGCCAAAUGGGCUCUGCUCCUGGAAGAGAUUGAGUGCACGGAAGAAGAGAUGAUGAUGUUCGCAGCCUUGCAGUAUCAUAUCAAUAAGCUGUCAAUCAUGACAUCAGAAAAUCAUUUAAACAACAGUGACAAAGAAGUUGACGAAGUUGAUGCUGCCCUUUCCGACCUGGAGAUCACCUUGGAAGGCGGGAGAACGACAACCAUUCUGGGUGACAUUACUUCAAUUCCAGAACUUGCUGACUAUAUUAAAGUUUUCAAGCCCAAAAAGCUGACCUUAAAAGGGUACAAGCAGUACUGGUGCACUUUCAAAGACACAUCCAUCUCCUGCUAUAAGAGCCGAGAGGAGUCCAGUGGCACACCCGCACAUCAGAUGAACCUCAGAGGAUGUGAAGUUACCCCCGAUGUAAACAUUUCAGGCCAGAAAUUCAACAUAAAACUCCUAAUUCCAGUUGCAGAAGGCAUGAAUGAAAUCUGGCUUCGUUGUGACAAUGAGAAGCAGUACGCACACUGGAUGGCAGCUUGCAGACUAGCCUCCAAAGGCAAGACCAUGGCCGACAGCUCCUACAACCUAGAAGUCCAGAACAUUCUAUCCUUCCUGAAGAUGCAGCAUAUGAACCCAGACCCCCAGUUGAUUCCUGAGCAGAUCACAACCGACAUCAAUCCCGAGUGCCUGGUGUCCCCUCGCUACCUGAAGAAAUAUAAGAGUAAACAGAUCACAGCAAGAAUCUUGGAGGCCCAUCAGAAUGUAGCCCAGAUGAGUCUGAUCGAAGCCAAGAUGAGAUUCAUUCAAGCCUGGCAGUCUCUGCCCGAGUUUGGCAUCACGCACUUCAUCGCGAGGUUUCAAGGCGGCAAGAGAGAGGAGCUUAUUGGAAUCGCAUACAACAGACUGAUCCGGAUGGACGCCAGCACGGGGGACGCCAUCAAGACAUGGCGGUUCAGCAACAUGAAACAGUGGAACGUCAACUGGGAGAUCAAAAUGGUGACUGUGGAGUUUGCAGACGAGGUCCGGCUGUCCUUCAUCUGUACUGAAGUAGACUGCAAGGUCGUCCAUGAGUUCAUCGGUGGCUACAUCUUCCUCUCUACUCGUGCGAAAGACCAAAACGAGAGUUUAGAUGAGGAAAUGUUCUACAAGCUCACCAGUGGCUGGGUGUGA